AUGACUGUCAAGGCUGUCUGCGUCUUCCGCUCCAACGACAAGAACGUCACCGGAACCAUCCACUUCACCCAGGAGAACGAGGCUGCUCCCGUCCACGUCAAGGCCGAGCUCGCCGGUUUGGCCCCCGGUCUCCACGGAUUCCACAUCCACGAGUUCGGUGACAACACCAACGGAUGCUUGUCUGCCGGUGGUCACUUCAACCCCCACGGCCAAACCCACGGUGCCCCCACUGCCCAGAUCCGUCACGCUGGUGAUCUCGGAAACGUCACCGCCGGCGCCGACGGCAAGGCCACCUUCGACGGCAGCGACUCCCAGCUCAAGCUCAUCGGACACCACAGCAUCAUCGGACGCACCGUUGUUGUCCACGAGGGUGAGGAUGAUCUCGGACUCGGUGGUCACGAGCUCUCCCCCUCCACCGGUAACGCUGGCGGUCGUCUCGCCUGCGGUGUCAUUGGUGUCACCAAGUAA